ACUCCACCCUUCCUGUCCGUCUCAUUCGCGAGGGUCCAUUAUACAUUACAUCUCACCUGUUAAUCGCUUAAUACCCAUCAUGUCUAACGAUCUCAAGCCCCUCCGCAUCGUCAUGGCCUGCGAUGAGGCUGGUCAGCCCUACAAGGAAACUCUCAAGGCCGCCUUGGAGAAAAACCCGCUGGUCGACUCUAUCCUCGACGUAGGCGUCAACUCCACUACAGACAAGACAGCGUACCCUCAUCCCGCUGUCGCUGGCGCCAAACUCAUCAAGGAGGGCAAGGCAGACCGCGGGCUGUUCAUCUGCGGCACUGGUCUCGGGGUCGCUAUCUCUGCCAACAAAGUACCCGGGAUUCGUGCUGUGACGGCUCACGACUCUUUCUCCGUCGAGCGCUCAAUCCUUAGCAACGAUGCUCAGGUGCUCUGCUUCGGCCAGCGCGUCAUUGGUAUUGAGCUUGCCAAGAAGCUCGCCAACGAGUGGUUGACCUACCGCUUCGACCCCAAGAGCGCCUCCGCCGAGAAGGUCCAAGCUAUCUCCGACUACGAAGCCCAACUCUUCAGUCAAGCUGCUGCAGCUCAGUAGACAGUUUGAAGCAAGAACAAGCCCUGUGUGAAUUUAGGACACAUUAUCCGUCAAUCACUCGAAACCCCCUCUGCUCAUCAGAGGUUGCGAAGAUCGUUAGCCUGUCUUCGAUAAUAAUUUUCGAGCGAAGCGACCUGGUUGCGGACUGGAUCCGAGCCUAGUCACACUUGAACGCAUAUAUAAACACCUACCUCAAAACGAGAUUGACGAUAACCGCCUGAUGAAUGGGAUUAUAUUGGCAGGCCAAUUGCUCAUGUCCUCUCUAGCUCUGACUUAGCAAAAUUGUGGUUCAAUGAAAUACCAACUGAGACUUCAAUA